AUGACAGCUCCGUCCCGACAUAUGGCAUGUCGAACUUGCCGGGAACGCAAAGUCCGCUGCGAUGGGGGACAGCCAUCGUGCGAGACAUGUAAGCGACAUGGGGAGAAAUGCGUUUAUGUGCAGUCUGCUCGCCAAACGAAGAACGAUCUCCUCGCCAAAAUUGAUAACUUGCAAGAGCGUCUAGCCCGAGCGGAGGCAAAGCUCAACUGUUCAUCACCUGUAUCUUGUCCUACCUCCCACCGCUAUGGUGCAGCCUUUGUUCCCACGCCUUCCUUGUCGUCGAUCGAGACCUCCCCACCGCCUUCUUCGCACAUGGACAAGCCCCGGCCGGCUUUAUCAACACCAGAGACACCCCUGGGAGACGGCUCAGGGGUCGACGCAACGAUUCCUAGUCCUGACGAAUUGGCGGGGUUGCUGAGUCCCUUCACCAGUGUACUGGGCCCGGGUACGGCGGAGGAGACACCACUCUCGUUGCCCUGGUCCCUGGCUUUCCCCCCACUACUGGACGAGCAAGCCAUGCCUGAUCCGGGAAGGAUUUCCACCGAUUCGGCACCAGUGGAGGGCCGCCCACCCAGUCCUUCUCUGCCCACCCUUCGCGCUAUUCGGGCUAUGAAUGGACAGCAGCUACAGCAGCAGCCUCGGCCGGGGCCACCGCAGCCCCUGGACGACGGAUGCGCAAUCCUCCGUGAACUUAUCCGCUAUGUGUCGGCGACCUUCACCAACCAGGUCUACAUUGCUGGGAUGACCACCGCCGUGGCCGAGUAUCUGGCUUGGGCCCGGCGGACCCCGGAUAUCAACUACUCUCAGAUUCUGGAGAUCCUCGAAGCCCGGCUGCGCGAGACAGCCAAUCUCGCCAAUACAAAACACUGGGUGGAGUUCCAAAACCUCCAGGGCUCUUUGGGUAAUCUCGAUGCAUAUAAAUGGAAGUUGGGGUUGCUAGAGCACGAGUUGCAGACGGCAGAGGCUGACAUUACUACGUUUUUCAGUACACUUUAUGAUAUUCGUUCGGCGCUGGACCUUCAACGGCGUUCAUAA